AUGGGAAACCUGGAAUCUAAUGUAUAUAUUUCUUUCUGUCUUCCUUUCUCUUCCACAGCCGCCUUCCGGGUGGAAAUCACUCCGACGCAAGGAGAGAUCAGCGUGGGAGAGUCCAAGUUUUUCCUCUGUGAAGUGGAGGGAGAUGCUAAAGACAUAGACUGGUAUGCGCCCAGCGGGGAGAAGAUCCUUCCCAACCGGCAGGACAUAUUUGUGAGCCGCAGCGAUGAAUCCACGUCCACCCUCACCAUCUACCACGCCAACGUGGACAGCGCCGGCAUCUACAAGUGCGUGGCGAAGAACGGAGAGCAGGAGGCGCAGGCCACCGUGCAAGUCAAGAUCUUCCAGAAGAUCACCUUCGAGAGCGCCCCGAGCCAGCAGGAGUUCAACGACGGAGACGACGCCCAGAUAGUCUGCGACGUGGUCAGCUCCCCGCCAGCCACCAUCAUCUGGAAGCACAAGGGCGCCAAGAUCCAACUCGCCAAAGACGUUCGCUUCAAGAUCCUGACCAACGGCCACCUGCAGAUCCGCGCCAUCAAGAAGACGGAUGAGGGCAUGUACACCUGCGAGGCCCGGGUCAUGGCCAGGGGAGAGAUCGACUUCAGGAUGAUCAAGGUCAUCAUUAAUGUGCUUCCCACCAUCCGGGCCAGGCAGUCCGAGGUCAACGCCACAGCCGACAUCGGGGGCUCGGCUCUGUUGGCCUGUGAUGCCGACGGCUUCCCUGAACCCAGCGUCACCUGGGCACAUAACAACGUCGUCCUUGAAACGGGCGAUAAGUACGGCCUGAACGAGGACGGCUCAGAACUGGAAAUCAAAGAUGUCACGAAAGUGGAUGAAGGAGAAUACACUUGCAUCGCCAAGAACAAGGCCGGGGAGAAGGCGGAGGAAGUCAGCCUCAACGUGUUUGUGCAACCCAAGAUCACCUACUUGAACAACCACACGGCCUCGGAGUUUGACGAGCAGGUGAGGCUGACCUGCGAGGCCUCGGGCGACCCCACCCCCACCAUCGCCUGGAGCUUUCAGAACAGGGUGUUCACCGAAGGAGAGCAGGAUUCGUGGACGCGACCAGACAAAUACGAGAGUCUCGACAGGAACAUCGUGGUGCGCACCCACGCGCGGAUCUCCUCUCUCACCUUGAAGAAUGUUCAGUUCACAUACGCCGGCCAGUAUCUCUGCACCGCCAGCAACUCCAUCGGCCAGGACAACCAGCACAUGCACCUGGAAGUUCGCUAUGCUCCAAAGAUCCUGGGAGGGGUGAUGACCUACACGUGGGAGGGAAACGCAGCCAACAUCAGCUGUGAGGUGGAGGCUCACCCCGGAGCGUCAGUGGUCUGGUUCAGAGAAGAUCUGCCGCUGCCCAGCGCCAACGCCACCAACAUCAAGAUCUACAACACGCCGACUGGCAGCAACCUGGAGAUUACCCCUGAUUCCAGUGACUUUGGGAGCUACAACUGCACGGCAGGAAAUGCAAUGGGCACCGAGCACAAGGAAUUCCUUCUCAUCCAAGCAGAGGUGCCCUCAUCGCCAGAGAUCCAGUACGUGGAACCGUUCUCCAGCACAGCGGUGGCCGUGUUCGAGGAGCCCGACUCCACCGGAGGAGUUCCCAUCAUCAAGUACAAGGUGGAAUGGCGUUUGCCCGGCCAGGAUUGGACUGGCAGCGAGUAUGAGGCCGACGAGGACACGAGCAGGAUCACCAUCUCUGGCCUGAAACCAGAAACCACCUACGAGCUCAAGAUGUCGGCCAUCAACGGAAAGGGCGAAGGCGAGAGCAGCGAGUCCAAGACCUUCAAGACGGAGCCAGUCCGCUAUUCUUUCACAAUUUCAUCAGCGGUUCCUCCCACUACCGCUGCCACCACUCUGGCCAGUAAAGGGGAACCCAGUGCUCCCAUACUAGAGGUCAAGGUCCAGAACAGGGGCAAUUCCCUGAAGGUCAACUGGAUCAAACAGGACGACGGCGGUUUGCCCAUCAAGCAUUACCUGGUCAGAUACAAGGCUAAGCAAGCGUCCGACUGGAAGCCCGAGAUCCGCCUCCCUAACGGCAGCGAGUACGUGGUGCUGAGCGGCCUGGACUGGAACACCGAGUACGAGGUGCACGUGGUGGCGGAGAACCAGCAGGGCAAGUCCAGCCCGGCCACCCUGGCCUACAGAACCUCCACGGAGCCCACCACCGUCCCAGACGCCACGGACAGCGGCUCGGGCCUCGGCACCGGAGCCAUCGUGGGAAUCCUCAUCGUGGUCUUCUUCCUGCUGCUGGUGGGCGUCGACGUCACCUGCUACUUCCUCAACAAGUGCGGCCUCCUCAUGUGCAUCGCUGUGAACUUCUGUGGGAAGGCCGGACCCGGAGCCAAGGCCAAGGACAUCGAGGAGGGCAAGGCCGCCUUCACGAAGGACGAGUCCAAGGAGCCGAUCGUGGAGGUGAGGACGGAGGAAGGAACCGUCCCCACCCAAGAGGGGGGGGCGCCCACAGAGCCCAACGAGACCACGCCCCUCACAGAACCCGAGCCCGCCGCUGCUGCCGACCCCGCCCCCCCGGUGGCACACGUGCUCCCGGCCACCGCCACUAACUCGGUGGCCGAGAGCUUUAGCACGGCCCACAGCAGCCCGGCUAGCGAGAGCACCACGAUCACCACCAGCGCCUCCAGCCCGACCAAAGCCGCUCUUAAAGCGAACCCCCAGCCUGACGUCGGGCCCCUGGUCGACCUCAGCGACACCCCUAAAGCCCCCCCCUCCUCCUCCUCCUCCUCCGACCCCACACCCGCCGCCUCAGAGGCAGUCAGCUCGCCCUCCGCUAACGCCGACGGCCAACAGAGCCAGAGCGAGUCGGUCCCACCCCCCGACGGCAGUAAGGAGGAGUCACAGGUAGACGGCCCGAGCAAGGAGUCCCCCAAAGCCCCCCCGAGCACAGACUCCACCACGACAGCUCCACAUGACGGCAAAACUGUGAAGGAUGAUAACGCCAAAGCCGAGACGGAGGUGAAGAACGCCACGGCGGAGGUGAAGACGGUCCCCAACGAGGCUCCUCAGGCCAACGGCAACGAGAGUAAAGCGUAAUCUCCUCGCUGAGCGCCCGGGAGGAAUACGAUG